AUGGAGCUGAGGGGUGUUUGGUGUGUGUUGUUGACUUGUCUCUUCUACACAUCCUCCGCUGACAAAGAUUUCUUCACCUCCAUCGGUAAAUAUCUCCCUCCCUCUAUUUUCCAUGAACAAUCCUUUAUAGACCCCUUUAUUAAGUCAUUUUAGGGCAAUUCCAUGGUAAUGUAAUUGCGCUGAGACUCAGAUUUUUUUUAUGCCAAACAAAAAACAUUGAUUUCAAAGUUGAACAAACCAUACAACUCUUUGCACAUGGACUACUUUUAACAAUCCGAGAGUUUGGGACUGUAAGGUUCUAUCUGCAUUGUUGUCAAAAUGGAGUUAUUGACAUAGCCUUGUUCUGUUCAAUGUUCUCCACCUAUAUUGUACUAUAAAUACCCCAAUUCAUAUUGUUAAGUUUAAAUCAAUACAAGAUAAAAAUUGCUGACAGCAUUCAAACCAAUGAGAGUUUGGAACUUUAAAGCCAAUUAUCAAAUAUUUUUUGCAGAUUGAACCUUAUAGUCCCAAGCUCUCGAAUUUACACUAAACAUUUUAUAAAAACACAUGUAAUGGAAGAACUGUGCAGAUGCAAAGUUUGGUAAGAGCAUUUCGGUAAAAUCUCCCUCAGUUCUUUAUGUGUCCACGCUUUCCAAAAACAAUCUGCUCCGAAUUAAGAUUCAACAGUGUCUGCAGAAAGAAUGGGGUGUCAGAUAUGACAUGACACAUUGACUGUGUGUGGAGAACAAGGAGGGGAGGCAGCCUCGGCGGAAGUCGUGACACUUCGAAAUAAUCUAUUUUGGUUAUUGAACCACAGUAAAUGAAGUGGAUUCACACCCGGUUACGGAAUUGCGGUAAUGGAAUUUCAUCAUGGUUCCCUGAUCUGUACUGCACAGAAAUGCAUUAUUAUGGAUAUGAAUGUCAUUCUCGUCAUGGUGAUGUAUCCUGAAUAGGUACACAAAGGUAUAAAUAUUUAAUAUCCUCCUUUGCAUAUUUGGGUAUUAUUCUACACACUGGCUAUUAUUUUAAUGUGCUCUGCCCCCAAACAAGACCAUUUUGUUGGUCCGAACCGGACCACAUCUGAACUACGUCUAUGUUUCACAAGUCUGGACAUCAAUGUACAGCACAGUAGAGCUCAGUAGAGUACAUUAGAGUACAACACAGAACACUACAGCAGAGUACAGUAGAGUUCAUACAGUACAGUAGAGUACAGUAAAGUAGUGUAUAGUUCAGUACAGUAUAAUACAGUACAUUAUAGUGUACUCAACUCUAGUGUGCUCUACUGUGUACUGUACUGAACUCUACUGUACUAUACUCUACUUUUCUUGUCUGCUAAAUGACUUAAAUGUAAAUGUGCUCUACUGUACUGUACUUUACUGUACUCUAUUGUACUCUACUGUACUCUGCUGGACUUUACUCUUCGGUCCAAACUUGUGAACCCAACUGUGGUUUGUGAAUACUAUGUUUUCCCAUUGUAGCAAAUUCAAUAGCAGAAAUUCUGUUACAAAUUUGGGAACGGAAUUUCGAGUUUCAGUCACUUAAUAAUUAAUAAACUAAAUUGAUAUCAGUAAAAACACUAUAACUAAUUGAUAGGUCUACCUUUACUUGUUACUUCUGUGAGCUUUCAUUAUAAAAUAUCAUAAAGACGUGGGUUUUUGGUCAUGGAAUGUCAAGGCACAAGGCAAUGUUUCUUAAACUUACAGAAUGCAGAAACAUUUCUCCAAAGCUAAAUAUAAGUGUUGAUAUUAGUUGGCAGUGGUCUUUACUUCAACAUUACUGUGUUUUGAUGUAUUUCUAAUACAUUUGAAUACUUUUUAUGGUAGAUGUUUUCUAACACCCCUUUUUCAAUGUUUACCAGAAAUCAAAGCCUUUGCUCAUUCCUAUUUUUUGGGAUGGAAAAUGGUUGAAAAAUGUAUAUAUGCCUUAAUGUCACCAAAAUAUAGACUCUGAGCUUUUAUUUGACACCCAAUUUGACAUGCUCCUGUGAUCUUCACAUGUUGGUGCUCAUGGGUCCUUUUACAUGUAAAUUACCUUUAUUACUACCAUCCUGUCUUGGUCACAAACCUUGACCCUAGGGGGAGAAAUGUGUUUAUCACAGAAAUAAGCAUUACAAACAUGUAUAGUUAUUCUAUGUAUUCAACAUUUGUACAAUCUUUGACCCCAGUUCCACUGUGUUCCCCAGGUCAGAUGACAGAUCUGCUAUACACAGAAAAGGACCUGGUCACUUCUCUGAAGGAUUACAUUAGAGCAGAGGAGAGCAAGCUGGAGCAAGUCAAAAAGUGAGAGGAAAGCCCCUGUCCACAGACCUUUAUCUCUUUAUCUCUCUAUCCCUAUCUCGCUAUCUUUUUCACUCACUCUUACUUUAUCUCACGUUCACAGGCUGAGGCAGGUCAUAAAGUGAGAGCCCAAAUGCCCAGAUAGCUACUCUCUCGUUCUUGCUCACUUUUCUCUCUCACACACAAUGGUAUAAAUACUAUCAAAGAGAAUAAUUUACAUAUCCUGCUUCACAAUGCCACCUGUACAAUACCACCUGUACAAUACCACCUGUACAAUACCACCUGUACAAUACCACCUGUACAGUACCACCUGUACAGUACCACCUGUACAGUACCACCCUCAGAGGGUAUUGUCUCCUCUCAGCCUAUUGUGUUACUAUAAAGAGACGCCGUCAACGAACCAACAGGGAAGGUGAAGUGCAGGACAUGACGUAACUGUUCUCUUAUCUAUUGUCUUUCAAUGGCGCUGAUGGACAGGCGUGUGUGCAUGUUUGUCUCUAGAGGGAGUACGUGAGUGUAUAUAUGAAGUUGAUAUAUGUAGAAAUACAUCAGACAAUGAAUCACUGUUUGCUUCUAUGAGUCAUAUACUGAAUGUAUUUUCCCUCCAUGAUGUGUCCAGGUGGGCUGAGAAGCUGGAUGUGUUGUCGGCCACGGCCACUCAGGACCCAGAGGGCUUCCUGGGCCACCCGGUCAACGCCUUCAAGCUGAUGAAGAGACUCAACACAGAGUGGGGAGAGCUGGAGAGCCUGGUCCUCAAGGACAUGUCUGAUGGUCAGGAUUACUCAUGGGCCUCUAUUAUAAUGACUGUAUAAAUGCUCUAUUACCACAUAAAGAUGAAAUCUUCCAAAUCAUUGCUAAGUGCUAAUUGACAAGUUAUUAAAAAAAUAUAUAUAUAUAUAUAUAAUCAGUUGCAUUGUUUUGCCAUCACUGAAGUGAUGGAACAGGGUAUGUUUCAGAGAGGAGUGAGAUUGUUCUCCAAGCAUCUUUUAGCAUCUAUACCACCUUGAGUGAAGAUCUCGUAUAAUAGAAUUGAGCUUCCUAACUAUAUUUCCUUCCAAUACUCCAGGGUUCAUCUCUAACCUGACCAUCCAGAGACAGUACUUCCCCAAUGAUGAUGACCAGACGGGGGCAGCCAAGGCCCUAAUGAGGCUGCAGGACACCUACCGGCUGGACACGCACACCAUCUCCACGGGAGAGCUGCCUGGUGAGGGGUGUUGGGGGCAGGGAGGUAGAGGCUUGGGGCUUAAAUCUAACCAAUCAAAUCACAUUUGAUUUGACACGUGCUUCGUAAACAACAGGUGUAGACUAACAGUGAAAUACUUACUUACAGGUCCUUUUCCAACAAUGCAGAGUUAAAGAAAAAAUAGAAAUAGUGACACAAGGAAUAAAUACACAGUGAUUAAGGAGUUAAAAAUUACAUGGUUAUCUACAGGGAGUACCAGUACAGAGUCGAUGUGCAGUGGUACGAGGUACAUAUAGGUAGGGGUAAAGUGACUAGGCAACAUGAUAGAUAAUAGACAGUAGCAGCAGCGUAUGUGGUGAGUGUGAAAGUGUGGGUGUGAGUGCAUGUGUGGCGUCAGUAAGUCUGUGUGGGCGUAUGUAGUGUGUGUGUUGGGGUGUCAGUGUAAGUGUGUGUGCAUAGAGUCAGUGCAGGUGAGUUAGUGCAAAAAAGUGUUGGUGUGUGUUGGGGUGUCAGUGUAAGUAUGUGUGAGUGCAUAGAGUCAGUGCAAGAGAGUUAGUGCAAAGGGUCAAUGCAGGUAUUCCGGGUGGCCAUUUGAUGAGCUAUUUACCAGAGCGACUUACAGUAGUGAGUGCAUACAUUUCCUACUUGUUUUUCUCGGACUGGUCCACCGUGGGAAUCGAACCCACAACCCUGGCGUUGCAAGCGCCAUGCUCUACCAGGCUGCCUCAUCAUCGUUGGUGAUCAGUCCUACCACCGGCGUGUCAGCAAACUUGAUGAUGAUGUUGGAGUCAUGCGUGGCCACGCAUUUAUGGGUGAACAGGGAGUACAGGAGGGGACUAAACACACCCCUGAGGGGCCCCCGUGUUGAUGGUCAGCAUGGCGGAUGUGUUGUUGCCUACCCUCACCACCUGGGGGAGGUCCGUCAGGAAGUCCAGGAUCCAGUUGCAGAGGGAGGUGUCCAGUCCCAGGGUCCUGAGCUUGGUGAUGAGCUUGGAGAGGGGACUAUGGUGUUAAAUGAUGAGCUGUAGUCAAUGAACAGCAUUCUUACCUUGGGUAUUUCUUUUGUCCAGGUGAGUGAGGGCAGUGUAGAGUGCAAUAGAGAUUGCGCUAUCUGUGGAUCUGUUGGGGCGGUAUGCGAAUUGGAGUAGGGCCAGGGUGUCCGGGAUGAUGGUUGAUGUGAGCCAUGACCAGCCUUUCAAAGCAUUUCAUGGCUAUAGAUGUGAGUGCUAUGGGGCGAUAGUCAUUUAGGCACCUACUGGCUGGAAACACAUACCAUCUCCAUGAGGGAACUGCCUGAUGAUGGGGUUGAGGGGCAGGCAGGGAAAGGCAUGUGGAGGGAGCUGCAUACCAGGAGUGGAUUAGCCGUGGACUUGUUACCGGCGGAGGUUCUGUUAUAGCUUCAGUGAUAGCUGCUCCUACUACUGUUGCGGAGGGAAAUCCUGCACAGUGCUCACCACAUGCAGUGGAAAGCCCCAUUUAGUCCACAUGAAUGCUUGAAAUCCCAUGGAAUGCCAUGUAAAUGCACUGUAUGCAAAUGGCUGCUGAGAUCCAAUCUAUCUGGUGAUGAGAUGAGUCCAUGUGUGUGUCCAUGUGUGUCACUCUGCACAUGUUAACAUCUCCAUGUCUACACACAGGAACUAAUACGGAUGUCGCUAUGAGCCCUAUGACGGUGGAGGACUGCUUUGAGCUGGGGAAGAUAGCCUACUCUGAUGCAGACUACUACCAUACGGAGCUGUGGAUGGAGCAGGCCCUGAAACAGCUGGACGGGGGAGAGGAGUCCAACGUGGACAUGGUGACCAUCCUGGACUACCUCAGCUACUCCAUCUACCAGCAGGGGGAGCUAGAGAGGGCCCUGGACUACACCAAGAGAUUGCUCAAAUUGGGUGAGUGGAUAUUUGUGAUAUUUGUGUUUCAUGUCUUGAUUGUAAUGCACAGGACAAUACUGAGUAGAUUCUCAUCUUCAGUCCUAAAUGAGUCGGCUGUGUUCCUUAGACUCUGCUCACCAGCGAGCCAAUGGCAACCUGAAGUACUUUGAGUACCAGCUGGCCAAGCAGAAGAAGGUUGAGGCGGAGGAGGGCCUGAAGGAGAAGGAGAAAAGAGAGAGGGAGAAGAGAGAGGCGUCUGACAAGAAGGGCAGACCUGCAGACUACCUGCCUGAGAGGAGGAAAUACGAACAGCUGUGUCGCGGCGAGGGCAUCAAGAUGGUGAGAGGCACUAACUGUACUAACCAGUGGUGGCUGGUGGCACUUUAAAUCGGAGGACAGACUCCUAGUAAUAGCUGGAAUAGAAUAAAUGGAAAGGUAUCAAACACAUGGUUUCCAUGUGUUUGAUACAAUUCCAUUAAUUUCUUUCCAGCCAUUACUAUGAGCCAUUCUCCCCUCACCAGCCUCCACUGGUACUAACACACACUCUGCAUGCACAGCUUCUAAUAGCUAUGUAUUUUUAUGUUUAAAUGGCUUAUGUCCUACUCCGCUUGAAAGGCUUUAUAUUGGUCAUGCAACUACACUGAACAAAAAUAUAAACGCAACAUGUAAGGUGUUGGUCCCAUGUUUCAUGAGCUGAAAUAAAAGAUCCCAGAAAUGUUCCAUAUGCACAAAAAGCUUAUUUCUCUCAAAUUGUGCGUUCAAAUUUGUUUACAUCCCUGUUAGAGAGCAUGUCUCCUUUGCCAAGAUAAUCCAUCCACCUGACAGGUGUGGCAUAACAAGAAGCUGAUUAAACAGCAUGAUCAUUACACAGGUGCACCUUGUGAUGGGGACAAUAAAAGGCCACUCUAAAAUGCGCAGUUUUGUCACACAACACAAUGCCACAGAUGUCUCAAGUUUUGAGGGAGCGUGCAAUUGGCAUGCUGACUGCAGGAAUGUCCACCAGAGCUGUUGCCAGAUAAUUAAAUGUUAAUUUCUCUACCAUAAACCGCCUCCAACGUCGUUUUAGAGACUUUGGCAGUACAUCCAACCGGCCUCACUACCGCACAACCACGUGUAUGGCGUUGUGUGGGCGAGUGGUUUGCUGAUGUCAACGUUGUGAACAGAGUGCCCCAUGGUGGCGGUGGGGUUAUGGUAUGGGCAGGCAUAAGCUACGGACAACGAACACAAUUGCAUUUUAUCAAUGUCAGUUUGAAUGCACAGACAUACCGUGACGAGAUCCUGAGGCCCAUUGUCGUGCCAUUCAUCCGCCGCCAUCACCUCAUGUUGCAGCAUGAUAAUGCACUUCCCCAUAUCGCAAGGAUUUGUACACAAUUCCUGUCCCAGUUCUUCCAUGACCUGCAUACUCACCUGACACGUCACCCAUUGAGCAUGUUUGGGAUGCUCUGGAUCGACGUGUACGACAGCGUAUUCCAUUUCCCGCCAAUAUCCAGCAACUUCGCACAGCCAUUGAAGAGGAGUGAGACAACAUUCCACAGGCCACAAUCAACAGCCAGAUAAAGUCUAUGCGAAGGAGAUGUGUCGCGCUGCAUGAGGCAAAUGGUGGUCACACCAGUUACUGACUGGUUUUUUGAUCCACGCCCUACCUUUUUUAAAAAGGUAUCUGUGACCAACCGAUGCAUAUCUCUAUUCCCAGUCAUGUGAAAUCCAUAGAUUAGGGCCUAAUUAAUUUAUUUCAGUUGACUGAUUUCUUUAUAUGAACUGUAACUCAGUUAAAUCUUUGAAAUGGUUGCACGUUACAUUUAUAUUUUUGUUCAGUAUAGAUGGGUUUUUCCUAAGCCAAAUGCUCAUCCGAGAGAGACAAGUUCGAUGUUUGGCGAAACAGUUCGAUGUUUGGCAGGACUAGAGGAAUCUUUUGGCACUCUUUCCUCUGCUGCGUGAAUCUCUUGGUGAUUCUCUGUGUCCUCUCUCCUGCAUACUGUGCUCCCUGCUUCUCACCCUGGCUCUGCUUCUGCCUAUCUGUCCAUAGAUGGAGCUGUUUAAUCUAGCCAUAAUGUUUGGCAAUGAGGCAGAAGCCUGGAUGGACAAGUGUGUGUGGGGGAGAGUCGGGGUGUGUGUGUGCAUGCACUCGCUGAACCAUGCCUUGAUAGGUUCUAAGCCAGUAGCUAUAGCAAUGGCCAGAACUGUGAGAAUGUCCCAUAUAUGUCCCAUAAUGUUUGGGUCAGAUACCAUAGCAAAUGAUCUGCAAGUUCGUGAACUCGGGUGACCCUCUGUGAUUAUAUAUGAUAAUGAUCUCUAUCUCUCUUUCUCUGUCUCUCUCUUUCUCUCUCUCACUCCCCCGAUCUCAGACCCCGCGGCGUCAGAGUCGUAUGUUCUGUCGUUACUCUGACAACAACCGCCACCCCCUGUACGUGCUGGGUCCCGUCAAGCAGGAGGAUGAGUGGGACCGCCCACGCAUCAUCCGUUACCAUGACAUCCUCUCCAACAGCGAGAUCGAGAAGGUCAAAGAGCUGGCCAAACCCCGGGUGAGUUCAAGGUCCACCCUCAGGGGAAGGCAAGGUCUGGGGUGUGGUAAGGGUCGCAAAAUUCCAGUAAUCUUCCAAAGUUUUCCCCAAAAUUCCAAGGUUUUCCAGAAUUCCAAGUUGGGAAAGUCUCCGGGAUUUUGCAACCCUAAGUGUGGUAGAUGUUAAAAUCAGUGGAGGCUGGUGGGGGAGCUGUAGGAGGACGGGCUCAUUGUAAUGGCUGAGAUGUAAUAAAUGGAACGGAGUCAAACAUGUGGUUUCUAUAUGUUUGAUGUGUUUGUUACUGUUCCAUUUAUUCUAUUCCAGCCAUUACAAUGAGCCCUUCUUCCUAUAGCUCCUCCCACCAGCCUCCACUGGUUAAAAUGUGUGUAAAAUGCAUGUUCCAUUGCUGCCAUAAGGACACUGGGGAUACCCACCCUGCAUGAGGACCUGACUGUGUACAAUGUGUUUGUUUAUUUGUUACACACUGGCUGGAUAAGAGCAACAUCCCACUUGUUUGGCUCAGACAGUAGUAUUUGAUAGCUCAGUUAGAACUAGAAGGGAGUUUUGACUCGGCAAUGAACAUCACCUCAAAUGAUCAUAACUGAAUCAAAUGAUCAUAACCGAAUCAUAGCUUCAUAUCAACACAUAACUCAGACUUUCGCAUGAAUCGUGUAUUAAUGUCAAUGAUCGAGAUCCAUAUCUCAAGCAAUGGUUCAGCUCUUGGGAGAGGGUAAGGGGAGACACAGACUUAAUGUAGCCUAGUAGUGUAUGUGGGUGCAGCAGCCAGUCAGUGUGUAACAGGGAUUGUCCCUGUAACCCGUGUCCACAGCUGCGCCGGGCCACCAUCUCCAACCCCAUUACUGGUGUGCUGGAGACCGCCCACUAUCGCAUCAGCAAGAGGUAAGACCAGCAGGCAGGGAUGGGCACAACACUGUACCCCAAACCAUGCCCCUGUCUGUAACCCAAACCAUGCCCCUGUCUGUAACCCAAACCAUGCCUCUGUCUGUAACCCAAACCACUCUGCACCCCACAUCCCCUCCACUUGGGCAGCAACCUUGGCAAAAGCACAACAGCUAAUGGUGAAGUCUUAAGCGUAGAGUGAUAUAAAUGACUAGUGUAAAUUGACAGUUUGUAUGUUUGGGGAACUUGUGCUAUUAUUGCAUGAACACGUAACUUUCAUGUGAAAUGUAGAUAUUUUGGGUAUUUUGGAAGGUAGGUUGAUUUUGAAGAAGGUAUAAUUCAACCCCUCUGGGCCUGUGCUCUUGCCAAGACGUCCUGCCACUGCUUUGAUCAUAACAAGAGGGAGGAAGAGGAGUCUAAGUAUCUGCUUGUUAUCUAACAGUAGUCGGGGUGCGACAGGGGCAGUCUAAUAUCUCAUCAGGGCCCCGUGUAGCUCAGUUGGUAGAGCAUGGCACUUGCAACACCAGGGUUGUGGGUUCGAUUCCUACGGGGGGCCAGUAUGAAAAAAUAAAAAAAUAAAAAAUGUAUGCACUCACUAACUGUAAGUUGCUCUGGAUAAGAGCGUCUGCUAAAUGACUAAAAUGUAAUCUUCUUUUUGUAGCAUCUCAAUUAAGUUUGGCAGUGGCCAUUACUAGCCAUUACCUGAGUGCAAGCUCAGCAAGUCGUUUGCUGCAAUAGUUUUAGACAGCAUGGUUCGCAUGCCCUGGCCUGGCAUCAGUCUGGCUCUCAUAUAGUUGCUUGAUCAUUCAGUGACCGUCUCUCUCUAUCUCUGUCUCUUUCUAUUUCUCUGUCUCUCCUCUUCCUCUCUGUGUCUCUGUCCUCCUCUCUGUGAUCUGUGACUGUAAUGUGAACCGUCCGGGAACUAGCUAAGGCGUGCCACCGUGCAUGACCCCCAAACAGGGAAACUCACCACGGCCCAUUACAGAGUCUCCAAGAGGUAAGGGGUCAAAGGUGAAGGGGAGGGACCUGCAUAAGGCCCUGUCUUCCCUUUCAUGCUGCUCAUCCCUCCCCCUCACCCCUUUGUGGACCUUUGCUUAUGGAUACACCUACCUCCCUCCUGACCUAUACAAUCAGAUCCCUUCCUCUCCUAUCAGCAUGACAACCCAAUCCAUGCAGUGGCUUACCCAAAUAGUGUUUUCUGCUCUUUUUCUUUGAAAACACAAGGAGUUUUUCUGUUAUCUUGGUGCAGGUGUAUCUUACAGAAUGUCAUUUCAGUGUGUGGGUGGAAGUAAAAGUUGAAUUCCUCUAAUAGAAAGGAGACUGCCUGCCUCUUGGCUCCCUUCAAGCCUGUUUAAUGUGGACUGGUUAUAGUGCGCCCCCUUGUGCAGAUAGAUUAAGCUGAGUUGAGCAAAUGGAAACAUGGUGGUGACCAUGCUCUGUUCCUCAAGUCUGAUCCCCCAGAUUAUGGCUUCAUUAUGCCUGUGAGUCCAUUAACCUAAAUUAGUUAAAUGAAUUAAGCAUUUUUCUCAUUGAACAUGCACAAUGUUUAAUUAAUUAUCUUAGGGCCAUUAGUAAUCAAGGUUCUAAGUUAGGCUAUAUAGAUGUUUCUUUUUGUUAGAUAAAUGGUUUAAAGAAGGAACCAUAUUUGUAACCAUACAGCUGAUAUAGCAGCUGAUUGCACAUUUAUAUCUGAGGAUAUGAGCCAGCUUUCUCACCGUACUCUCCUAAUAACAGCACUUCAAAAAUAGCCCAGUGUGAUUCAUCACACAAACACACACACAUUUAUACUUCAGAAUGAAUGAAUAGAUUGAGCCACUUCAAAGCAUGUCUUAUUCAUCUAUAUAACAUGAACAGGCUACGCUAAUUAGCUGGAUGCACAUAGGACACACACUCCCGUUAAAUGAUGGUGUGUAAACAUAGGGCCUGAGACUGGGGCCUGAGACUGACUCAACAUGGUUCUACCCCUCGAGGGGGCCAAGUGAGAUCUGGCUCCUAUCCAAUGGAAGGGUGAGAUCUUGGUCUGCCCAGUCGAGUCUGCUGCCUGCUGGACACUUAACAGCAUCUUCUGUUACUCCCAUACCUUUCUAAUCCAAUAUAUAUAUAUAUAUAUACAUUUAAAGGUCUGUCACGUAGAGGGACAGAAGGACUGGGGUCUGUUGUUAAAUGAAUAACCCCAAAUGGUCACUCUGCCCCAACUACCUUGGUGAGAAACAGUUAUUUUAAGUUUUCGUUAACUAAGGGGAUUCUUCAAAUAGAUGCAUAUCAAAAAGAGAGAAAAAAACAUUUUGCUCUGAGACUUGUGGUGUUCCCUUUAACCUCUAUGUUCCCACCAUCCUGAUUCCCUCUCCUAUACCCUUCUAACCUACAGUACUAACGCAUGCAGCCCAUGCGGUUUUCUUAACUGUUAAACCUGUGGAAACUCUAAUUUGUAAUAACAUUAUUCAGCUGCCUGGCUACAAUUUACACGAAAUAAAGGUGUAUUUUAUGACUCAAACUGUCAAUCUCUCAUCACAGUGCAUGGCUAACAGCCUAUGAGGAUCCAGUAGUGGACAAGAUAAACCAGCGCAUUGAGGAUAUCACAGGCCUGAAUGUCAAGACAGCAGAGGAGCUACAGGUAACACAACAGAACAUCAGGGUGGCUGAGGGAGUUUAGUAGGACUGGAGCACUGGUAGGAGUGGAUACCCUCACAGUACAUCUAUAGGGUUUUAGCAACCAAUGAUGUGAGUAUACAAAACAUUAAGAACACCUGCUCUGUCCAUGACAUCGACUGAUCAGGUGAAUCCAGGUGAAAGAUGUGAAUCCCUUUUAUACUGUAUGUCACUUGUUAAAUCCACUUCAAUCAGUGUAGAUGAAGGGGAGGAGACAGGUUAAAGAAGGAUUUUUAAGUCUUGAGACAAUUGAGACAUGGAUGGUGUACAGUGCCUUGCAAAAGUAUCCCCCUUGGCAUUUGUCCUAUUUUGGACAUACACAAAAUUGUCCAAAUUGGUGAAGUGAAAUGAAAAAAAUUACUUGUUUCAAAGAAUUCUAAAAAAUAUAUAAUGGAAAAGUGAUGCGUGCAUAUGUAUUCACCCCCUUUGCUAUGAAGCCCCUAAAUAAGAUCUGGUGCAACCAAUUACCUUUAGAAGUCACAUAAUUAGUUAAAUAAAGACCACCUGUGUGCAAUCUAAGUGUCACAUGAUCUGUUUCAUGAUCUCAGUAUAUAUAUAUACAUCUGUUCUGAAAGGCCCCAGAGUCUGCAACACCACUAACCAAUGGGCACCACCAAGUAAGCGGCACCAUGAAGAUCAAGGAGCUCUCCAAACAGGUCAAGGACAAAGUUGUGGAGAAGUACAGAUCAGGGUUGGGUUAUAAAAAAAAUAUCCGAAACUUUGAACAUCCCACGGAGCACCAUUAAAUCCAUUAUUAAAAAAUGGAAAGAAUAUGGCACCACAACAAACCUGCCAAGAGAGGGCUGCCCACCAAAACUCACGGACCAGGCAAGGAGGGCAUUAAUCAGAGAGGCAACAAAGAGACCAAAGAUAACCCUGAAGGAGCUGCAAAGCUCCACAGCGGAGAUUGGAGUAUCUGUCCAUAGGACCACUUUAAGCCGUACACUCCACAGAGCUGGGCUUUACGGAAGAGUGGCCAGAAAAAAGCCAUUGCUUGAAUAAAAAAAUAAGCAAACACGUUUGUUGUUCGCCAAAAGGCAUGUGGGAGACUCCCCAAACAUAUGGAAGAAGGUACUCUGGUCAGAUGAGACUAGAAUUGAGCUUUUUGUCCAUCAAGGAAAACGCUAUGUCUGGCGCAAACCCAACACCUCUCAUCACCCCGAGAACACCAUCCCCACAGCAAAAACCAAACACCUCAUUCCACAGUAAGAACAUCAUACCAAAGGUCAAGCAUGGUGGUGGUGGUGUGAUGGUUUGGGGAUGCUUUGCUGCCUCAGGACCUGGACGACUUGCCUUAAUAGAAGGAACCAUGAAUUCUGCUCUGUAUCAGAGAAUUCUACAGGAGAAUGUCAGACCAUCCGUCUGUGAGCUGAAGCUGAAGCGCAGCUGGGUCAUGCAGCAAGACAAUGAUCCAAAACACACAAUCAAAUCUACAUGAAAAUUGCUAAAAAGCAACAAAUUGGAAGUUUUGGAAUGGCCUAGUCAAAGUCCAGACCUAAUCCCAAUUGAGAUGUUGUGGCAGGACUUGAAACGAGCAGUUCAUGCUUGAAAACCCACACGUCACUGAGUUAAAGCAGUUCUGCAUGGAAGAGUGGGCCAAAAUUCCUCCACAGCGAUGUGAGAGACUGAUCAACAACUACAGGAAUCAUUUGGUUGGAGUCAUUGCAGCUAAAGGUGGCACAACCAGUUAUUGAGUGUAAGGGGGCAAUUACUUUUUCACACAAGGGAAUUGGGUGUUGCAAAACUUUGUUUAUAAAAUAAAUGAAAUAAAUAUGUAAUUGUUGUGUUAUUUGUCCACUUAUGUUCCCUUUAUCUAAUAUUAGGUUUAGGUUGAAGAUCUGAUAACAUUCAGUAUCACAAAUAUGCAAAAUUAGAAAGGGGGCAAAUACUUUUUCAUAGCACUGUAUGUCUAUUAUAGCAACAGGGUGAAACAUUUAUUCCACGCAAUGACUACAUCUGCAUUGCUUAAUGUUUGGGGUUUUAGGCUGGGUUUCUGUAUAGCACUUUGUGACACCUGCUGAUGUAAAAAGGGCGUUAUAAAUACAUUUGAUUGAUGAUAAGGAACUAACUUUACUGCUGUUUGCUACUGAGGAAGAGCCAAUCAAAGACUAGUGGUUGUACUGUGAAGGUAAAGUGGAAGGAAAGGUCAUUCUACAGUACUAAGACGAGUGUCUCUAAUGACAACACAGCAUCUGUCACUCUGUUUAUGUCCUCUUUUCCUCUCUCCUCAGGUGGCAAAUUACGGCGUGGGCGGGCAAUACGAGCCCCACUUUGACUUUGGACGGGUAAACAAGGCUUCUCUUUCUAUUCUGGUCAGGGAAAUAUGAUGUGCAUGACUGAGAGUCAGUGGGUGAAUGUUGAUGGCUGGCACACGUGCAUCAACUGUUGUUAGUGGGUUCAUAUCUUGAUGGGGUUUAGCCUUGAGUGUUAGUGUUAUUUAACCUUAGACCCUUUGUGUAUGUUCCCUGUCUUUGCAGAAAGAUGAACCGGAUGCGUUUAAGGAGCUGGGCACUGGGAACCGCAUCGCCACCUGGCUAAUUUACGUUAGUAUCUCUGCUUUGUACAUCUCCAUUAAGCAAUUCACUAUUUCAGCUCUAUUUCAUAGCUAUGGAUACACUUUCGGUCUUCCAUUUACCCAUGUGUAAAUCUAUCUAAUUUCAAAGAUUUCAUUAAACAGCAAUGGGUUUCAAUUAUGAUGAACUUGAAAAAGCUCUCAUAUUAAAACGGUAUGUAUGACUGAUAGCUUGAAGAUGCUCUCUUCUCUGUUGCAGAUGAGUGACGUGCCAUCAGGGGGCGCCACUGUCUUUACAGAUGUGGGAGCUGCAGUGUGGCCCAAAAAGGUGAAACACACAACUGUGGUGUUCACGUUGCAUUCUUUUCCUGUUAAGUGUGUGAAGAAUUUCUUUCUUUGAUGAUAUUUGAUGCUAAAUCAACAACUGUGUCUUAAUGUGUGUAUAUGUAAACUUUUGUUUUCAGGGAAGUGCAGUGUUCUGGUAUAACCUGUUUGCCAGUGGGGAGGGUGACUACAGCACACGGCACGCAGCCUGCCCUGUCCUAGUAGGGAACAAGUGGGGUGAGCCAACCUGUCUCUCAUUACAUCCAUUACUCCUGUCCUAUUACCUACACCCUAAGAACUUCAGGUCUGCCUGAGGGCAGAAAUAAGCUAACUGUUUGCUGCAGCUAACUGUUUGCCACCUCACUUAGUUUUGUCUUCCCCCUCCAGUGUCUAACAAGUGGAUUCACGAGCGAGGCCAGGAGUUCCGAAGACGUUGCACUCUGGAC